AAGUUCGGUGGAGAGUUUCUUCUCUACUCCCCUCUCACAAUAUUCUUGUCGCCUUCGUCACUGACUCACUCGGCUUCUAGGGUUUAUGUUUUCUGUACAUUUAUGCACAAUAAUUUAGCCAUAUUUUACACGGCCGCCGCCAAAAUCACGAUCGACCACACUUUUUCCUCAAUUAGAUGGCGUCUGACUCGUGGAUUUCUCGUCUCUCGGCAACUUCUUCCCGGCGAUACCAAUCACGAUCUGAUCUGUUCUAUGAAGGACACGAUGAGAUACAGGGCGACGAGGAUUCUAGGCCAGAGUUUUUAUGCCCCUUCUGUGCUGAGGACUUCGACAUUGUAGGGCUUUGUUGCCACAUCGAUGAAGACCAUCCUGUUGAAGCCAAGAACGGGGUGUGCCCAGUUUGUGCAAAAAGAGUGGGAAUGGAUCUCGUUGGCCACAUUACUGUGCAACAUGGGAGCUAUUUUAAAGUGCAGCGUAAGAGGAGAUUGCGUAAGGGUGGAUCUAAUUCCACAUUCUCGAUGUUGAGAAAAGAACUGCGGGAAGGAAAUUUGCAGUCCCUUCUUGGCGGAUCCUCAUACAUCAUUUCUUCCUCCAACACAGAGCCUGAUCCAUUGUUGUCAUCAUUUAUAUUUAACCCUCCUGUUGACGAACCUGUGAUUGUAGAACCGCUUUCUUCGUAUGAAGCAAGCUCUGUGCAGGAAACUUCAGAAGAGGAAUUUCUAGAUAGAAAAGUCCAAGCACUGCCUUUAUCAGACAAGGAUCAAGAGGAGAGGGCUCGGAAGAGUGAGUUUGUGCAAGGACUGUUGCUGUCCACAAUGCUUGAUGACAUCUUAUAAAUGAGAAUGGGUGUUUGCAAGCGACAGACAGACCACAAUGUCUAGAGAUGGGGUAUUUAAAUUAUAAUAGCAGGACUGGGUCAGAAGUAGUGAGGGGAAACUAUUAAUAUUAUGUCAUAAGUGGUAAGAGUUAGGGUAUCACUCCCAUUGUAUCUAAGUAUUAUGUGUAUAAUAAUAAGAAGGCUUAAAACCUUGUCUUCUUCUGUAUGCUUGUUUUCUUACUAAACAGAUGAAGGGAAAAGCAUGUAGUGUUCUGCAUUCUAAUUUCACGAACCUGUUGAUCUA